CCUAGUACAACCUGCCAAGUAAGGUCAUAGAUCGUUUGUAUACAGAGAUCGGAUUUCCGUGUCCAUGUAAACAAUAUUUCAAAGUUCGGUGCAGUUGGAUACGAUCCGGACGUCUGAACAGCAAGGCCUGCUACUACUAUUUCCAUCAGCUCGGGAACAGCGUCUAGUGUGAGCAGUGUUUGUCAACAGUGUGUGGUCGUACAGUGAUACUGGCUAAACGUCAGCAGACAGGUAAUAUUUACACACGACGUUUACCUGGUUAGUCUCCAGUAUGGCACACCGACACGAGGGAUCCGGUAGAAUCUUCAUCUUAUACAGAGGAUAUAGCAAAACGAAUCUAUGAUCUUGACAAUGAUUAUACAUCUAAUAUAAAACUUCAAAUGUACUAAACAUAACACGAACCGAACAAACUGUGGGGGGGUUGUUUUGUGUCAUGAGUAUCUAUCACUUAUUAAAGGUUAGACAGACGCUUUAAGUUGAUGGAUGGAUUCUACCGUCAGCAUGAACCAUUGCAGUCACGGCCUGGACGUAAACCGCACGAAUCUGCUGAGUUUGCUGAACGAGGAGCGUGCACGGGCGCUCGUGCCGGCCAUGGUUCUCAUUAGUCUCCUCAUGGUCGUGGGCAUCGUCGGAAACACGCUCGUCUGCAUCAUUUUCUGCAGAAAGCUGGAGCAAAAUACUCAGACGUUCCUCUUCAUCUGGCUGGCCGUGUUUGACUUGGUCAGCUGCUGCGUCGGCAUGCCGUCGGAGAUUGUCGACAUGCGUCUCUAUUACAUGUUUGACAACGUGGUGGCCUGUAAAAUCAUCCGCUUUUUCCUCACGUUCCCCACGGUGAGCUCGAACAUCACCCUCCUGGUGAUCGCCAUUCACAGAUUCCGCAAAGUGUGUCGACCUCUGCAACCACAGAUAUCCACAAAGGUUGCCAGAGUUUGCAUCGCCACUGCAGUUUUUGCAGGUGUGGUGUUUUCCAUACCGACGUUGUUCAUAUACGGGAAGCGAUCCACUCCUACGAGAAUUGCAGGAGUUGUUGGGAGCGACUGCUCCGUGAGUGACUACUAUCAGAAGAAGUCGUACCCUCUGGUCUACGAACUGUGUCUGGCCACCGCUUUUGUAGUGUUCACUGUGACUCUGAUCGUCUUAUACUUACGAAUAUGGAAGACCAUCAAGCGACACAAUAAAUACAUGAGGAAGCACACCGCCCAGGCCCUUAAUGUACUGCUGGGCAAUAGAGAAGACUCUCUGGAAAUUCCAUCACAGUCUUCUUCUUCUUUAACUCCUAAAUCAAGGUCAAGGUUGCCGUCGGUGACAGAUGCUGAACGUGGGGGACACAGUUUGAAUUACAAGGCGCGUGAGUUAAAGACGAGUAACCGAUCAACGGUUGUAGCUUUUCUUGUGACCAUUGUGUUUGUAGUGAGUUAUCUGCCCCAUCUCUCGUUGAUCAUCGCGAGGACAGUGAUAAAGGACUUCGAUCUAGGAUUAGGAGGAGCAAGUCUGUGCGCCUACAAUAUUUUCCUGCGAUCUUUCUUUGUGAACUCGGUGGCUAAUCCGAUCAUUUACGGCUUCAUGAACAUUGAAUUUAGACAAGAAUGUCUCCAGGUUGUCAGAAAAUGGUUUUGUUGGUUUAAAGAUGUAAAUAGUUCUUAACUGUUUUGAAUUAACACAAAUUUGUGUCACA